GCAGCCUGCUGGCUUCCCCAGCGCCCAGGAGUUGGGGAUGUCCUACAAACCUACCACCCCUGCCCCCAGCAGCACCCCUGGCUCCAGCACCCCUGGGCCAGGCACUCCGGUCCCUACAGGAAGCGUCCUGUCGCCGUUGGGCUCAGGGCCGGGAGCCACUGCCCCUUGCAGACCGCUGUUUAAAGACUUUGGACCGCCUAUCGUCGGUUGUGUGCAGGCCAUGAAACCACCUGGUGCCCAGGGCUCCCAGAGCACCUACACGGAACUGCUAUUGGUCACAGGGGAGAUGGGCAAAGGGAUCCGGCCCACCUAUGCUGGCAGCAAGAGCGCCGCGGAGCGCCUGAAGAGAGGUAUCAUCCAUCCCUAGUCAGAGUGCCUGGUAGAGACAGAGAGGAACGCCCACACUUAACAGGAAGCUCCUAGGCCUCUGUGUCUGGACUUCAGAGCACCUGCUUCUCCCUGGCCUUCAUCCCUAGUU